AUGUCGGAGAGCUAUGAUGUGGGCACUCGAGCAUGGCAGCCCGACGCAACCGAGGGCUGGGUUGCUUCCAAGGUCAUAAAGAAGUCGAUAGCUGGGUCAAAAGUUAACAUUAUCUUCGAGCUCGAAAAUGGCGAGAUCAAGACCGUCGAGGUUUCCGCCGGGGGCCUCCAGUCGGGCAGCGACCCGGCACUUCCCCCGCUGAUGAACCCGACAAUGCUCGAAGCUAGCGACGACUUGACAAAUCUAUCCCACUUGAACGAGCCAGCUGUCUUGCAGGCAAUUCGUCUCCGAUAUGCCCAGAAGGAGAUAUACACUUACUCGGGCAUCGUGCUAAUAGCAACAAACCCCUUCGCUCGCGUGGAUUCUCUCUACGUCCCCGGCAUGGUGCAGGUAUAUGCCGGGAAGCAGAGAGCAACGCAAGCGCCUCAUCUGUUUGCUAUAGCUGAGGAGGCUUUUAUGGAUAUGCUGCGAGACAACAAGAACCAGACCAUCGUCGUCUCGGGUGAAUCGGGCGCCGGCAAGACUGUCAGUGCCAAAUACAUCAUGAGAUACUUCGCGACCAGAGAAUCGCCAGACAGCCCCGGGUCAAGGUCAAAAAGGGGCCCGGAAGCCAUGAGCAAGACCGAGGAGGCGAUCCUGGCGACGAACCCCAUCAUGGAGGCAUUCGGAAACGCGAAGACGACGAGAAACGACAACUCGUCGCGUUUCGGCAAGUACAUCGAGAUUAUGUUUGACAAGAGCACCAACAUCAUCGGCGCCAAGAUCAGGACGUAUCUGCUGGAGCGGUCGAGGUUGGUUUUCCAGCCGUUGAAAGAGAGGAAUUACCACAUCUUUUACCAACUGGUCGCCGGUGUGUCCGACAAGGAGCGCCAGGAGUGGAAUCUCAUGCGGGUCGAGCAGUUUGAAUAUCUAAACCAAGGGAACAUGCCGACUAUCGAUGGUGUAGACGACAAGGCCGAGUUCAAUGCGACCAGACAGUCGCUGAAGACGAUUGGUGUGACCGAUGCUCAACAAACCGACACGUUCAAGCUGCUUGCUGGCUUGCUACACCUGGGCAACGUCAAAAUUGGUGUCUCCCGGACUGACAGCGUUCUCUCGCCAACCGAGCCCUCACUAGUGAAGGCUUGCGCGAUCCUGGGCAUUGAUGCCACGGAGUUUUCUAAGUGGAUUGUGAAGAAGCAGCUCAUCACUCGCGGGGAGAAGAUCACGUCGAAUUUGACCCAGGCGCAGGCCAUCGUCGUCCGAGACUCUGUCGCCAAGUUCAUUUACUCGAGUCUUUUCGACUGGCUUGUCGAGAUCAUCAACAAGAGUCUUGCGACAGACGAAGUGCUCAACAGAGUCAGCUCCUUCAUCGGUGUCCUCGAUAUUUACGGAUUUGAGCAUUUCGCCAAGAACUCGUUCGAGCAGUUUUGCAUCAACUACGCCAAUGAGAAGCUGCAGCAGGAGUUCAACCAGCACGUUUUCAAACUCGAGCAGGAGGAAUAUCUCAGGGAGGAGAUCGACUGGACCUUUAUCGACUUUGCCGAUAACCAGCCAUGUAUCGACCUGAUCGAGGGAAAGCUGGGCAUCCUCUCGCUUUUGGACGAAGAGUCGAGGCUCCCUAUGGGUUCCGACGAACAGUUUGUGACCAAACUACACCACAACUAUGCCGCCGACAAGAACAAGUUCUACAAGAAGCCGAGAUUUGGCAAGUCUGCAUUCACCGUGUGCCACUAUGCGAUCGACGUCACGUAUGAGUCGGACGGUUUCAUAGAAAAGAACCGUGACACGGUUCCGGACGAGCACAUGGCAGUGCUUCGCGCGUCGACCAACAAAUUCCUUGGCUCGGUGUUGGAGGCGGCUUCGGCCGUGCGGGAGAAGGAUCUGGCGUCGGCGAGCUCUAAUGCGGUGAAACCAACGGCAGGCAGGCGGAUUGGUGUCGCAGUCAACCGCAAGCCAACUCUCGGCGGAAUCUUCAAGUCGUCGCUCAUUGAGCUGAUGCAUACGAUCAACAACACCGAAGUGCACUACAUUCGGUGUAUCAAGCCCAACGAAGCCAAGGAGGCGUGGAAAUUCGAAGGCCCCAUGGUCUUGAGCCAGCUCCGUGCCUGCGGUGUGCUGGAGACUGUUCGCAUUAGUUGUGCGGGUUACCCUACGAGAUGGACGUACGAGGAAUUCGCACUGCGGUACUACAUGCUCGUGCCUUCAACGCAGUGGACUUCUGAGAUCAGGCAGAUGGCAAACGCAAUCUUGACAAAGGCUCUAGGCGCCAGCACGGGCAAGGGCAUGGACAAGUAUCAGCUAGGUUUGACUAAGAUCUUCUUUCGCGCCGGCAUGCUCGCGUUUCUGGAAAACCUUCGAACCAACAGGUUGAACGAAUGCGCCAUUCUGAUCCAGAAGAACCUAAAGGCCAAGUAUUACCGCAAGAGAUAUCUAGCGGCGCGCGCUGCCAUCGUUUCCUUCCAGGCCGCAGCGAGAGCUUAUCGCGCUCGCAAGCAGGCCCAAGCACUACGGACAGUCAAAGCAGCCACCACAAUUCAAAGAGUCUGGCGCGGCCAAAAGCAGAGGAAGGAAUUCCUGCGCAUCAGAAAAGACGUCAUCCUUGCCCAGGCGGCCAUGAAAGGCUUCUUGCGACGGAAGGAGAUCAUGGAGACCCGGGUUGGCAACGCCGCCGUCAUCAUCCAGAGAGCCUGGCGGUCAAGGACACAACUCCGGUCGUGGAGGGAAUACCGCAGGAAAGUGGUCAUCAUCCAGAGCCUGUGGCGUGGCAGGAGCGCCCGGAAGGAGUACAAGGUCAUCCGCGCCGAGGCACGCGAUCUCAAGCAGAUCUCGUACAAGUUGGAGAACAAGGUUGUGGAACUGACGCAGUCGCUGGGCACCAUGAAGGCGCAGAACAAGGAGCUCAAGACGCAGGUGGAGAACUACGAGGGCCAGGUGACCAUCUGGAGAAACCGACACAACGCGCUGGAGGCCCGGACGAAGGAGCUGCAGGGAGAGGCUAACCAAGCUGGCAUUGCUGCAGCCCGCCUCGAGGCAAUGGAGAACGAGAUGAAGAAGCUCCAGGCGAGCUUCGACGAGUCGGCGGCCAAUGCCAAGAGGAUGCAGGACGAGGAGCGGGGACUCCGGGACUCUCUGCGCGCCACAAGCACCGAGCUUGAGACGGCUCGCCAGGAAAGUCAGCGCCACGAGGCCGAGAAAGACUCGCUGCGCCAGCAGCUGGCAGAGCUCCAGGAGGCUCUGGAACUGGCAAGGAGAAGCGUCCCCGUCAACGGCGAGCUGGCCAAUGGCGCCACGCCCCCUCCUCCUCAACCAGCUAGCUUGAUCAACUUGGUGUCAUCUAAGAAGCCCAAGAGACGAAGCGCAGGAGCUGAGCCUCGUGAUAUGGACAGGUACUCCAAUGCCUACAAUCCUCGCCCGGUCUCGAUGGCCAUCCCAAGCCUGGGUCGCCAAGCUACGCUAUCUGGUGCGACUUUCGUCCCCGGCGUGGACAACAUUGAGAUGGAGCUCGAGGGUCUGCUUGCCGAUGAGGAGGGCCUUAACGAGGAGGUCACGUUGGGCCUCAUCCGAAAUCUGAAGAUCCCCUCCCCUGCGACCAACCCCCCGCCGUCAGACAAGGAGGUGCUCUUCCCCUCGUACCUUAUCAACCUAGUGACGUCGGAGAUGUGGAACAACGGCUUCGUCAAAGAGUCGGAGCGCUUCCUUGCCAACGUCAUGCAGUCUAUCCAGCAAGAGGUGAUGCAGCACGACGGCGAGGAGGCCAUCAACCCCGGCGCAUUCUGGCUUUCCAAUGUGCAUGAGAUGCUCUCCUUCGUCUUCCUGGCUGAGGAUUGGUACGAGGCUCAAAAGACCGACAACUACGAGUACGACCGCCUGCUGGAGAUUGUCAAGCACGAUCUCGAGAGCUUGGAGUUCAACAUCUACCAUACGUGGAUGAAGGUGCUCAAGAAGAAGCUACACAAAAUGAUCAUCCCUGCCAUUAUCGAAUCGCAGUCCCUGCCAGGCUUCGUUACGAACGAAAACAACAGGUUCCUUGGCAAGCUCCUGCAGACCAACUCAACACCCGCAUACAGCAUGGACAACCUCCUGUCCCUGCUCAACAGUGUCUUCCGUGCCAUGAAGGCCUACUACCUCGAGGACACCAUCAUCACCCAGACCAUUACCGAACUCCUCCGGCUGGUUGGCGUAACAGCGUUUAACGAUCUGCUCAUGCGCCGCAACUUCCUCUCUUGGAAGCGUGGGCUGCAGAUCAACUACAACAUCACUCGUAUUGAAGAGUGGUGCAAGAGCCACGACAUGCCUGAGGGCACUCUCCAGCUCGAACAUCUUAUGCAAGCCACCAAGCUCCUGCAACUUAAGAAGGCGACAUUGAACGACAUUGAAAUUAUCCAGGACAUUUGCUGGAUGCUCUCUCCCAACCAGAUUCAGAAGCUUCUGAACCAAUAUCUCGUUGCCGACUACGAGCAGCCCAUCAACGGCGAGAUCAUGAAGGCCGUCGCCUCCCGCGUGACGGAGAAGAGCGACGUCCUACUGCUCCAGGCUGUCGAUAUGGACGACAGCGGUCCCUAUGAAAUCGCCGAACCCAGAGUCAUCACGGCUCUAGAAACUUAUACCCCCUCAUGGCUGCAAACCCCACGACUGAAGCGUCUGGCCGAGAUUGUGUCGGCGCAAGCCAUUGCGCAGCAGGAGAAAUUUGAGUACGGAUCGCAGGGCGGCGAUUACGACAACCAGAGCAUGAACGACCUCACCGAGGUUGACGAAGGGCCCGAGUCGAUUUCGGCGAGUGCCUAG